AUGGUCACAUCUCCUUCUUUCGACCCAUGGCGUGAGUCUCCCAGCAAUAAGUCUACACUAUCCGUACAAAGCUCUCCCCUCGGUCGUGACCCAGUAGAUGCACAGCAGACUAGAUCCCCGGCCAUACCGUCUUGCGCCGACCUGACUGAUACCCCGCCUCCACGGCCACAAUUCGAGCGUGCAAUCUCCUCGCCGAGGCUGUCAUCUCAUCCCGAGGCGCCACGUUACAGCACGUCAGUCGAUAUCGAUUCGGAUACAUUCACAGAUACCUCCUUACUGUACUCAAACAUCCAACGUGCUGGGCCACAGUUCAAUGCAUCUGGCCCUACCGAUCAGUCACGACGGUCUCCAUCAAGCACCAACGUGUACGAUAUAAAUGGCACGCUCGAGCUCUGCAGCCGACGUAGGCGCACAAACGUGCGUGACAAGAGCCCAUGCGCUCGAAUCGCUGCACGGCGCUCCAGGAUCCAGCCAAACAUCGAGUCUUACUACGACUACAUCAUGCCUGAUCAGGUCAACGACGGCACCGGUGUCGACACAAACACCGUGAAUCCGAAUCCGGGCGCCCUUCCGUCCCGCUUCCUCGCACGAACCAUAGCAGCCAUGCAGAACCUCCAAAUCUCAUCCCCCUCAAGUACUAGCGACGUGGCCCCAAGUACUCCAGAGCGUUAUGAAGUCCACUUCGAAUAUCCUGUUGUGACUUUUAUUCAUAGUCCGGUUUCAAGCACGUCAAAUGUGCCUGCAGUGUGUGUGCGUGCCUGCGGAACGCCACCUCCUCCAAGUCGAAAACCUCCUGCGCGGUCACCGGAUGAGCGGGUUAAAAUGCCAGAUCACUACCCGGCUUGUGAGCGCUGA